AUGUCGAUUCACCGCAGAAAGAACAUUGGGACAAUCAUCACAGAUUUUGCACUCGAUGGUUUCGCCCAGACCCAUUAUGUUGCAAGCAACUUGAUCAGCAUGUGCUGUAGUAGCAAAGCAGACAUGUCAAAAUUACCAGAUCUUGCUCUACAGCCAGUCAUUGAAGUGAAUUUGCAGUCCUAUGUCUCACUGCCUGUCAGCAAAAUUCCUCCACUAGGUACACGACACCUGAUAGCUGGACUCCACUUUAUGCCCCAUGGCUCUUCAAAAGACCAGCUGCUUGCAGAUAAAAGCUCUGCAAUAGCAGUGACCGAAAGCAAGGGGCAGCAGUGCUUGCAUACAGACAUUACCUUGGAACAGCUGGAAAAAGUCAUGCUGCAAAAGGCAAUAUAUCACUUCCAGCGGAACGCCGAAGCAACAGUCUACCAGAUGCUUUGGAAGUAUGAACAUAAUACUGCAUAUAUUCAUGUUGAGAAGGCUAGCUCGAAGAUGCAAAGCACAGGAAAAUUGAUUUGGGGUUCUGGGAAAGGAAAGAUCUCACGUGGACAGGUUCAGACAUAUGUUAUCCCUCACUUCCUCAACAUGUGGGUUGCACAGGCACCCCUCUGGCUGCAAGGCUUGAUUGGAAACUGGGUUCUCAAAGAAGCGCCUGAAAUCGCAAAUCAUGGUGCAGCAUGGAUCCAUAAUAGGAGGGAGCAAUAG